AUGCCGAUAAUAGGAUGUAUUCGGCCCGUAGUUCAAUUCCCGGAUUCUGUUCGGAGUUUUCUCGAGUUUGGUCAGUCUGUCUAUGGGCUGGCCCGUCGGGGAUUACUCGGCACCGAGCCAUCUCCGAGAUGCCGAUUGACGCAAGUUGGUUAUCAGCCACAUUCUGGAAUGCUUGUUCCUGCAGUGAAGUUUGACUCGGAGCUUCGUGCCGUGGAACAUUGGAUGUGGUCGUACAACUGCUUUGUUUGUGAAGAUGCCCGGGCAGUUCAGCUGUGGUGUGACAGGCACAGCUGCGGCUCCAGUAUCACAGAUGCAAUCUCGAUUAUCUGGGUUGCCCCUGACUAG